AUGACGAUGAUGACUCCUCCGCCGUUGGAUCAUCAAGAAGAUGAAGAAAUGCUGGUGCCGCACUCGGAUAUAGUUGAAGGGCCUCAGCCAUUAAUUGAAGGGCCUCAGCCAAUGGAAGUGGUGCCUGCAGAAAAUGCUGGAACUGUGGAAACCCAGGUGAAUGACGAUCCACAACCAUCCCGUUUCACGUGGACAAUUGAGAACUUUACCAGAUUGAAUAUGAAGAAGCUUUAUUCUGAGGUCUUCGUUGUUGGGGGAUAUAAAUGGCGUGUGCUUAUUUUUCCGAAAGGAAAUAAUGUGGACUUCUUAUCGAUGUAUUUAGAUGUGGCUGAUUCAGCCACAUUGCCAUAUGGGUGGAAUAGGUAUGCACAGUUUAGCUUGACUGUAGUAAAUCAAGUGAACGACAAGUGGACAGUAAAAAAAGACACGCAGCACCAAUUCAGUCAAAGGGAGAGUGAUUGGGGUUUCACAUCUUUCAUGCCUCUUAGUGAGCUUUAUGAUCCCAGCAGGGGGUACCUCGUCAAUGAUACUUGUGUUAUUCAAGCUGAUGUAGCUGUACGUAAAGUGAUUGAUUAUUGGACAUAUGAUUCAAAGAAGGAAACGGGCUUUGUUGGACUUAAGAAUCAAGGAGCAACUUGCUACAUGAAUUCUCUGCUCCAAACCUUAUACCACAUUCCUUAUUUCAGAAAGGCUGUAUAUCAUAUGCCGACAACAGAAAGUGAUAACCCCACUGGAAGCAUCCCUUUGGCGUUACAGAGUUUAUUUUAUAAGCUCCAAUAUCAUGACACUAGUGUUGCUACAAAAGAGUUGACUAAAUCAUUUGGAUGGGACACAUAUGAUUCUUUUAUGCAACAUGAUGUGCAAGAACUCAACAGAGUUUUAUGCGAAAAGCUUGAAGACAAAAUGAAGGGAACUGUCGUAGAAGGGACUAUACAGAAAUUGUUUGAAGGGCACCAUAUGAACUACAUAGAGUGCAUCAAUGUUGACUUCAAGUCAACGAGAAAAGAAUCUUUUUAUGACCUUCAGCUUGAUGUAAAAGGUUGCAAGGAUGUUUAUGCAUCCUUUGACAAGUAUGUGGAUGUUGAACGUCUUGAAGGAGAUAACAAAUACCAUGCUGAAGAACAUGGUUUGCAGGAUGCGAAGAAGGGUGUCUUGUUCAUGGAUUUCCCUCCAGUUCUUCAGCUUCAGUUGAAGCGUUUUGAGUACGAUUUUAUGAGGGAUACAAUGGUUAAGAUAAAUGACCGGUAUGAAUUUCCAUUGGAACUUGAUCUAGACAGAGACAACGGAAAGUAUUUGUCGCCAGAAGCAGAUAGAAGCAUACGAAACCUCUAUAUGCUUCACAGGUUAUUGGAGCAGAUUGGAAAAGACAUAUAUUUUGAUCUUGUAGAUCACGAUAAAGUCCGUAGCUUUCGAAUCCAGAAGCAGAUGCCUUUUAACCAAUUCAAGGAAGAAGUCACUAAAGAAUUUGGUAUACCGGUUCAAUGUCAACGCUUCUGGAUAUGGGCAAAAAGACAGAACCAUACUUACCGUCCGAACCGUCCGUUGACACCCCAGGAGGAAUCCCAAACUGUUGGAGCAUUGAGGGAAGUUUCCAAUAAGGCCCAUAAUGCAGAACUGAAGUUGUUUCUGGAAGUAGUGAUUGGAUUGGAUUCACUUCCUGUUCCACCACCAACAAAAAAUAAGGACGACUUACUGCUAUUCUUUAAGCUUUAUGAUCCUGAGAAACAAGAGCUUAGAUAUGUGGGGAGGCUCUUCGUGAAGAGUUCAGCAAGGCCUAUUGAGAUCCUAGAGAAGUUAAAUGAAAUGGCUGGAUUUCCUCUGGAUGAAGAGAUUGAACUAUUUGAGGAAAUAAAAUUUGAGCCAUCUGUUAUGUGUGAACGCCUUGAUAAAAGAGCUUCAUUCCGGCUUAGUCAGAUCGAAGAUGGGGACAUAGUUUGCUUCCAGAAACGCCCUCCAACUGAUCGUGAACAGGAACUUCGCUUUCCCGAUGUUCCUUCAUUCUUGGAGUACGUGAAAAACCGCCAGAUUGUGCACUUUAGAGCCUUGGAGAAACCCAAGGAAGAUGAGUUUUGUCUGGAAUUAUCAAAGAGUCAUACUUAUGAUGAUGUUGUCGAAAGAGUUGCCCAGCGCCUUGGCUUGGACGAUCCAUCUAAAAUUCGGCUCACUCCCCACAAUUGUUAUUCGCAGCAACCAAAGCCGAAUCCCAUUAAAUAUCGAUCAGUUGAUCAUUUGAUAGACAUGCUUGUCCAUUACAAUCAGAUUUCCGACAUUCUGUACUAUGAAGUGUUGGACAUUCCUCUGCCAGAACUGCAGUGUCUGAAAACUCUCAAAGUUGCUUUCCAUCAUGCAACCAAGGAUGAGGCUGCAAUUCUCAAUAUUCGGUUGCCAAAGCAAAGCACUGUUGGAGAUGUUCUCAGUGAGAUCAAAACUAAGGUAGAACUGUCUCAUCCGAAUGCUGAGCUUAGAUUGCUUGAAGUUUUCUAUCACAAGAUAUACAAGAUUUUCCCUAUCAAUGAGAAGAUUGAGAACAUAAAUGACCAGUACUGGACUUUGCGUGCUGAGGAGAUUCCAGAAGAAGAAAAGCAUCUUGGGCCGAAUGAUCGGUUGAUUCAUGUCUACCAUUUCACUAAGGAGGUUGCGCAAAAUCAAGUGCAAGUCCAAAAUUUUGGGGAGCCAUUCUUUUUGGUCAUCCAUGAAGGUGAGACAUUAGCUGAAGUUAAAGACCGCAUUCAAAAGAAGCUGCAGGUUUCAGAUGAUGAGUUUUCUAAGUGGAAGUUUGCCUUUCUGUCAUUGGGUCGCCCAGAGUAUCUCGAGGACUCUGAUGUUGUCUCUAGUCGUUUCCAGAGAAGAGAUGUGUAUGGUGCUUGGGAGCAGUACCUUGGGCUAGAACAUGCUGACACCACUCCCAAGAGAGCAUAUUUGGCAAACCAGAACCGCCACACAUUUGAGAAGCCGGUGAAAAUAUACAAUUAG